UGUGUUUCAAAGUUUUACGGUUUUACUUUAUUGGGACUCUACCAUAACUAAUAUAAGAUAGAAAGUAGUUUUAAUUUUAUAGCGACUUGUAUUGAUGUAGAGUGGAGAAUAGAAUUAACAGCUCAGCCGGAGGCAAGAUUUACCAAGUAGAGAGUAAAGGAAAACUAUCGAUUUUAUUAUAAUACAAAAUGCAGUUUAAUAUAAGAAGAAGCACAUACAACUCAUCCUAUCGUCAAGACGGGAUUGAUCAGGCAAUGAAAUUGUACAGCGUGUUAAAAGGCACGUACAGAACUUUUAGCACUCGGCAUUCGAAGAGAUUUUUAGGCGUCGAAGAAUUCCCACUGAAAUUCUGCAGGAACUCUUGCCCCCACGACAAACUCCCUCUUUUAUUUCUGCGAUUUGACCAUUCCAAGGACCUACCAUUGGCAAAAGCGAAACUGACAAGUUUCUGGAACUUUUUGACCAACGUUGGGAUGCAAGGACCUGCGGUUAAGAAAAUGAAGAAAUCUGUUAUCAGUGAAGGAACGAUGGAAUCACAAAUUCGUCCACAAAGUCCUCUUGUUCCCCGAAAAGAAUCCUCUCAGCUUGAAUGUUCACCAGCUUUCAAAGAUCUAAAACAGAUCUUCGACCUAUUUCUGAGUAAAGGGUUGGACAGAACAGCCCUUUCUAUUGACAAUAAUUACAGGGUACAUCCAUACGUCUGCGUGUGCCAGGAACCGUGCUGCAAUUGCAUCAAUCAUUCUCAGCACAUCCACAAACUAGGACUUCAUCAUCAAAAUGAAGCUUUAAACGAAGUAAGGAAGAACAUAGCACCGGAAUCACUUGUUCUUCAAUUUAACGAAGGGGGGACGUCCUUGAAAUCGUUAGUGAGGGAGCAAUCACAGGUCAGCGGACAAGUUCCACUAUCGCAGCCCAUGAUUCCUUUGGUGGACGAGGGAAUCAAGAAGAUGUCAGUUAAGACACUGAAAAGCGUGCUUGGAAACACUAAUACCGAUACGGAUGCCGAAGUCGAGGAAGAAAAAGGUACCACUGGGAAAAAAUCCCCACUGGAUAUAUCCCCUCAAACCCAAUCCAACAGGCAAUCGUUCCAAAGCGAUUUUACGAAUAUAACAAGCCGUGGUAGCAUGCUAGCACCAGUAAUACAGGAGUUGACAAACAUAAACAUUCAGGACAGUGUUAAACCCCUUAAGUGCAAACCUUCAAUACGAUCAAUCCGCAGAAAUUUCAAGGAGAUCGAGCCCGCAAAAUACCAAAACCUCCUCCUAGAGAUGAUCAAUAACCCGGAGAACUGCCUUCUAUCUCAUCAGAGCAAGAAAGAACGAGUCCUGCGCCCUAAACUGGUUCCAAACGACUGCCACGCAAAGCGACCGAAAUGGAGGAUUUGAUGGAAUACGAAUUGCAAUUACUGAAAACAAUGAUGUCGCUUUCUCGAAAAGUCAUUUCCGACUGACGACAAUUGGCAAAGCGUACGGUUUAUCAGUUAUUUCUGUCAUUUACUGCCAAAAAGAAAAUACUCGAAAAUGAAUGCAUCGACGAAUGAUGAAUGAGUUGAAAUUUUAAGUAAACAAAUCUAUCUCUA